UCUGUAGCUGAGAAACUAUAAUUUAAUAUUUUUUUAACGUGAAUUGUUUAGAAAAUCAAAUAAUGGAUAGAAAUAAACCGAAAAUUUGUUUUCGUUAGUUUUCGUUUUCACACUAGCGCAGUUAAAGGUAAAAGUGAAAAUAAAAUGUCAUUUUUUUACACUUCGAUAUUAUUGGGUGUGCGCCUAUCAAUUUGUCAACAUGGCAGAUGGUGUUAGUAGGGAAGAGAAGUUAGCAGCUGGAUUAAAAAAGCUUAAACAGUUCCAACAACAGAAACGAGUUCGCCAGAAUAAAAUUUGUGACUCUGACAAAACGAAAAUUACGAGGAAAAAAGCGAGCCCUUUAAAAGACGACUCAUCAUUUGAGAAUUCUGCAUCCAAAGGCACAGUCUCUGAACCAUCUGCAGUAAUACAGCAAGAAGUGCCUUCAACUCGGAAGUCUAAUGGUGAUUUAGAGCAAUCAAAAAAUAAAAGUUCCAGUAGCUCUGCGCUCAAUGACAACGCCUCCAGUAAUGAUAUUCAAGAGUCAACGCAUGCAGAAAGUUUUAAUUCUGGAGAAAUUCCAAAAUCAAAAUCUGAUCUAGCUUUAAAUAAUUUAAAAGAGCUUUCAUCUACAGAGAGUCUGCGUCAGAUAUCCUUGCAUUUAAAUGGUUUAAUGUCUGAAACUGAUGCUUUUAUGAAUGGUAGCAUAGAACAAGAUGAGCAAGCUGAAUUUGAAAGUAAAUCAUUAGAAAAAAGAAAUCAAGAACUUGCUCAACUUGUCAACAAUUUACAACAGUCUAAUGAUCAGUUGGAGUUCCAGUUGCAAGAUCUGAGAGCAAAGAAUAAGCGUUUGCUCCAGAAUUUUGAAUUAGAAAAGAAGGAACUUCUAGAAAAAUCACAUAAAGAGCAAGUAAGCCUCAAAGACCAGCUACAAGUUCACAUCCAGACAAUAGGCAUUCUUGUUGCUGAAAAAACAGAGUUGCAGUCUUCUCUUUCACUUAGUCAGCAGACAGCUAAGCAGAAAGCCGGAGAAGUUGAAGAAUUGCAAGGAAGGCUGCGAGCAUCAAGACAGAGAGCUUCAGACCUCGAGAGGGAUUUGAUUGCUCUGACUAACUCAAAUCAGCAGUUAGAAAAAGUUAAUAAAGAAGCACUAAAAGAUAUUGAAAGAUUAAAAAUGGAUAUAUAUAAAGCAAGUAAAUCAAGUGAAGAUCUGAAAUUAGCAAAUGCAGAAUUAACUGAGAAAUUAAACAAGAAGAUUGCUCACCUGGAAACGGUAGAGAAAGAACUUGCUGAAUGUCAGAACAAAUUAUCUGUAGUAGAAGUACAAGCUCAACAGUUCUCAGAAAAUAAUAAUGAAAAUCCUAGCCAGUUAGAAGAAGUUUAUCAACAGAAAUUUGAACUAGAAAAACGAAUUUCACUAUAUAAGGAAUCAAUCGAUAAACUUAUCAAUGAGAGAGAUCAGAUGUCUGAACAGUAUCAACAGUAUAUACAACAACUCAGUCAGCAAGUGACAUCUUUACGUGAUGAAAUUAAGCAGCUAUCUAAUGAAAAGAAUGCAUUAUCAAAAGAAAAGAAUAUCUUACAGGAAAAAUUAGAAACUCAACAGCAUUCUAAAGAUGCUUUGAAUGCAGAUCCUUCGGAACUUAGGAAAAAAUUAGAAGCUGAGCUAUGUAAUAACUCUAAAACAGCUACAUUGUUGCAAGAGCAAGAAAAGAAAAUAUUAGAGCUUGAAAAGGUAAUAUCUCGGUUAAAAGAAGAUGAAGUUGAUAAAAGUCGUUUAGUAGAAACAAUGCAGAGUGAUAAAGUGGCUGCCAGCCGUGCAGUUGCUCAGAAUCGAGAACUUAAAAAGCAGCUUGAAGAAUUGCAGAGUGGCUUUGUUAGCAUGAGCAAUGAUAAAUUGGAACUUGCUGAGAAGUUACAUUCUGAGCAGCAUAUCACAAAAGAACUGGGAGAAAGGUUGAGUCAACAAGAAGAAGAACUCCAUGAAUUAAAAGAGCAGCUUGCACAAAGGGAAGCAGAGCUACAAGAUCUUCAUAAAUCAAAUACAAAAGGAAUAUAUCAACAGAAUCAAAUAGCUGACAGAAUGCGGCAUUAUGAAGCUCAAGGGCAACUUGUAGAAAUGUUACAGAAAGAAUUGCACCAAGCGCAAGAGCAGAUCAAUUCAUUAGUUAGCCAAAAUUCUGAAUUGCGUAUGGCAAUAGCUACUCAAGCUGAAGUGACAGUGAGUGAUGAAAACGCAAAGGAGGAUAGAGAUGCAACUAAGCGGAAUGAUUUAGUUGCUUCGUUAUCUGCUUCUGUUCGACAGCUAGAAAUGGAAAGAAAUCAAAUGAUGAAACAGUUGGAAGAGCAGAAGAACAACCGAACAAACUUAGAACAACAGCUAAAGAAAAGAGAGAUUCAAUUAAGUGAAGGUUCAGAAGCAAAUGGAGAUGUGGUAUCCCAAGAAGAAUAUAACCUAAUGAAAAGUGCAAUGACUCAGUUAGAAGAAAGGUUUAAACAGACGAUGAAUAAAAUUGCAGAACUUUCUGAUGAACGACAGCAACUUGAACAUUUAGUAACGCAAUUACAGGGUGAAACAGAGACAAUAGGUGAUUAUAUUGCCUUGUAUCAGAUACAGAGAGGCCUAAUGCGAAAGAGAGCUUCAGAAAAAGAUGAAUAUAUAGCUCAGCUCGCAAGAGAUAGAGAGGAUUUAAAGGCAAAACUGGGACAACUGCAAAAUCUUGUGAUGAAACUGUUGGAAGAAAGAAAACAGUUCCAAACACAGACAUCUCCACUGGACAAGAAUUUAGAGUUGAUUCAGAUACCAGAGCUAGAGGAAAGGAAAAUUCAGAAUCCUGACCAAAUUGAUGGUCAAAAUCAGAAUGAAAGAGAGUCAAGUGUUGAUUACACUAGUGGAUCAACAGAUGUUGAAGUAACUAAGAAACCUGAAGCUACAGCUAAAAAGAUAAUGGAACUUCUUACAGAAAUAGAAACUACUAAUUUGGUGGAAAAGCCAGUGUUGGACAAUUUUCAUCCUUGUCCUGUUUGUUCUGGUCGAUUAAUCACUGUAUAAAUUCUAGGAAUGUUUCAAAAUAGACUAAACUGACUAACUAUGGUUGAAGUGUGCCUAAAUUAGGCUGCACUGCACCUGUAGUCCAUCUAAAGCCUUGUUGCAUCUGUCAAGAAUGGCACUUUUAAUAGUAGAGGAAAAUGAAAUUAAGAUGUAUAUAAGUUAUAUUGUAGAUAUUAAUUUGAACAAAGAAUGCUACCUGUUUGUUAAGCUGUUCUUUUCCUCUACUAUUAACAGUCUAAUUAUAUUAUUUUUUUUUUAUAUAAAUUGAAAAUAAAAUUACAAAAUGCAUUCCAUUUAAUAGCAAAAGAUUUUGUACUUUUUGAUGCAGAUAAUUUGUAUUUUCACUAUUUUAUAAAGAAUUGUUUAAAACUGAUUGUAUUUCCAAAAGUUUGUGCUGUAAUGCUUUCAGGGAAAUUUGCAGGCCAGUAAGAGAAAAAGAAUCUCUGUUAUGUUCCAGUGGUUCAGAUUUUUGGAAGCAGUUAAUGAUUAUUUUAUAAUAUGCCAGAUCAACAAAAUUUUGAAUAGGGCUCAUAUGUGAUAGUUUUAAAAUUUCAUUUUAAUUUCUCUUAUUUAAAUAUAUAUAUAUAAGCUUUUAUUAAGAAAAAACAAUCCAUUCACAUUAAAAGAGAGACGAAAUAAAAAUUAUUCUGCUUUCCUUUAAUUUCAUAUUUGUAUAACUGAGGUAGUAAAAUUAUGCAUAUUUAAAUUGAAAACUAAUGGAGAGGGGUUAAGUUAAUUACAGCAAAAUAAUACAUUUUUUGAAACAUUUUUCAAAGCUAUUAUUCCAUGAGAAUAAUAUUUAGCUAGCAGUACACGAAACAUAUAUUUUGAUACAUAAAGCAAUAAAUAGAGCGACCAGUAUUAAAAAAAUACAUAAAUAAUUUAAACAAAAUGCAGUAUUCUGUGUUUAAUAAUAUAAGAAAGAAUAGUUUUUUCCCUCGAAUGCAUAUUCUUGAAAAAAAUCAAAACUGAAGAUUCUAUUGCUAAAUUUUGUAUUGAAAUAAAUAUUACUUUAAGGUUAUUUAUUAGUGCAAUACUGCCAUUGACACUUGAAUAUUUUGGACAUAGCCUAAUUUGUUGGUCUUGAUGAUUAUAAUGUUUCCUGCAAUUGAAAUAUUAGAAUAACUUUUUAAUUUAAAAUGCUUAUAAUUCUGUGAAAAAUUAAAAAUAGUUUAAAAAAAUAAUUUAACUUGAACAGUAGUCAAAAUAAUUUGAAAUGCUGGAGAGAAAAAAAUAUUGUGAUAUGUGAAUUGCAGAUGCAAAAAGAAUAAUUAAUCAUUUUAGCUUAGUAAUUAAUAAUUAAUCAUUUUAGCUUAAUAAUUAGUAAUCAUUUUUCAGAGUAAGGUAAUGUUAGAGGGAAGAUGCAUUUUAAAAUGAAAAAGCCUAAUUUAUAAAUUUAAGCCUUCAUUUUUAUCAAAAAAUUAUAAUUCCCAUCUGUUUUCUAAAUCAUUGCUCUUAAAGUUAGUUAUAAUCAUAUAAUGUAUAAACUGACUAAUUGGAAUGCACUAAAAUUUAGUAUUUUUUGGAUUAAAAAAUUCUUUAGUAGUAUUUGCUAGCCCAUUCUGAAAAUGACAGGUAUGUAACUGCAGGCUAUAUUUAUUGCAUCCUUCUAGUCUUUUUCUUUUUUGGAUAUGGAUGCAAAAUACUGGAUUGGGGCCUUGAAUUGUGAUAUUUUCAUGUACUACUUUUAUAACUUUACUGUAACAUAGUCUAAGUUGCAAACCCUUCGUAAAGGUGUUUUCUUAACAUCUUGACCAGAGUGUUAUUGUUGAUAUUCAUUUUGACAAAACUUGGACUUCCUCAUUACCUGUACUUGCUCAUAAGUUCGAAAAAUUAGGUUAUGUUAGCAUGACUGAACUUUUAUAUAGAAGACAAACCUGGUAUUAUAAUUUUCUUUUUUCAUUUAAUAACAAAUCUUCCAUAAAAUUAAAUUGCAGUUGGAAUAAUUACUGCUGUCUGUAGGUUUAAUUUUUUUCUGUCGCACUGAAAAAUAUUUCUUUGAAAAAUGUGCCAUUUUAAUGCAUCGUAUUAACUUUGAAAUUUUAAUAUGUUGUUAUAGAGUUCUUACAUUUUCCAUCUAGGGUGCAAUUUAUGAAUGCCAUAUAAAUGAUAGAAGAAAAAUAUUUGUUAAUUUCAUUUAUAUAUAUUUUAGUUGCUUUUCUGUGUUAAAAUUAUGUAUAGGGUUAAAUGUACAUGUCUUGUUCUGAAAUAUAUAUGUAUUUCUUGCUUGUAAAUAUAAAGAGAUUUAUUUAGAUAAACUGCUUUUUGAGGCACUUA